CUUUCUCCCUCCGCCCGAGAGCUUCCCCGGUCCCCGGCGCCGCCUCCUUCCCUCCCGGCUCCGCGCUUUCGCGGCCGCCGUCGCCCCGGGGAAGGAGAGACGGGGGUGGGGUUUGCGGGUAGUGAGAAAGGAGGGGAGAGACCCCGGCUGGCUGGAGCCCGGAUACCUAGGGAAGAAGGACAGGGGGAGGGGAAGCUGGAGGACCGGGAGGGAGAACGGGGAGCAGCGGCCGGGCCUGGGGCCUUGAGGCCCGGGGAGAGCCGGGGAGCGGGACCGGGCGCCGAGCCCGUGCGGCUCCGCCCCCGCCUCCUCCGCGGGCGCCCUCCGCGUCCCGAACCGGGCUGUCGGAGCCUGUGAGGCGCGCAGACCGAGGUCUGUCUGUCGGCUGGUCCAGGCCGCUGCCGGCGGGCUCCGCCGUGCUCUCACGGCCGCCGUUUCCUCAGAUGCUGCUGCUGCUGCUGGCGCCUCUCUUCCUCCGCCCCCUGGGCGCAGGCGGGGCGCAGACCCCCAACGCCACCUCGGAAGGUUGCCAGAUCAUACACCCGCCUUGGGAAGGGGGCAUCAGGUAUCGCGGCCUGACUCGCGACCAGGUGAAGGCCAUCAACUUCCUGCCGGUGGACUAUGAGAUUGAAUAUGUGUGCCGGGGGGAGCGCGAGGUGGUGGGGCCCAAGGUGCGCAAGUGCCUGGCCAACGGCUCCUGGACGGAUAUGGACACACCCAGCCGCUGUGUCCGAAUCUGCUCCAAGUCUUAUUUGACCCUGGAAAAUGGGAAGGUUUUCCUGACGGGUGGGGACCUCCCAGCUCUGGAUGGAGCCCGGGUGGAUUUCCGAUGUGACCCCGACUUCCAUCUGGUGGGCAGCUCCCGGAGCAUCUGUAGUCAGGGCCAGUGGAGCACCCCCAAGCCCCACUGCCAGGUGAAUCGAACGCCACACUCAGAACGGCGUGCAGUGUACAUCGGGGCGCUGUUUCCCAUGAGCGGGGGCUGGCCGGGGGGCCAGGCCUGCCAGCCCGCGGUGGAGAUGGCGCUGGAGGACGUUAACAGCCGCAGAGACAUCUUGCCGGACUACGAGCUCAAGCUUAUCCACCACGACAGCAAGUGUGACCCAGGGCAAGCCACCAAGUACUUGUAUGAACUGCUCUACAAUGACCCCAUCAAGAUCAUCCUCAUGCCAGGCUGCAGUUCUGUGUCCACACUUGUAGCCGAGGCUGCCCGGAUGUGGAAUCUUAUUGUGCUCUCCUACGGCUCCAGCUCACCAGCCCUGUCAAACCGGCAGCGUUUUCCAACGUUCUUCCGAACACAUCCGUCCGCCACACUCCACAAUCCCACCCGGGUGAAACUCUUUGAAAAGUGGGGCUGGAAGAAGAUUGCCACCAUCCAGCAGACCACAGAGGUCUUCACCUCAACGCUAGAUGAUCUCGAGGAACGAGUGAAGGAGGCUGGGAUCGAGAUCACCUUCCGCCAGAGUUUCUUCUCAGAUCCAGCUGUGCCUGUUAAAAACCUGAAGCGUCAAGAUGCUCGGAUCAUCGUGGGACUUUUCUAUGAGACUGAAGCCCGGAAAGUUUUUUGUGAGGUCUAUAAGGAACGGCUCUUUGGGAAGAAGUAUGUCUGGUUCCUCAUCGGGUGGUAUGCUGACAAUUGGUUCAAGACCUAUGACCCGUCAAUCAACUGUACAGUGGAUGAGAUGACCGAGGCCGUGGAGGGCCACAUCACCACUGAGAUCGUCAUGCUGAACCCUGCCAACACCCGAAGCAUUUCCAACAUGACCUCCCAGGAAUUUGUGGAGAAACUAACCAAGAGGCUGAAAAGACACCCUGAGGAGACUGGAGGCUUCCAGGAGGCACCACUGGCCUAUGAUGCUAUCUGGGCCUUGGCUUUGGCCUUGAACAAGACCUCCGGAGGAGGUGGCCGGUCGGGCGUGCGUCUGGAGGACUUUAACUACAACAACCAGACCAUCACAGACCAAAUCUACCGGGCCAUGAACUCCUCAUCCUUUGAGGGUGUUUCUGGCCAUGUGGUAUUUGAUGCCAGUGGCUCCCGGAUGGCGUGGACACUUAUCGAGCAGCUGCAGGGUGGCAGCUACAAGAAGAUUGGUUACUACGACAGCACCAAGGAUGACCUUUCCUGGUCCAAAACAGAUAAGUGGAUUGGAGGGUCUCCCCCAGCUGACCAGACCUUGGUCAUCGAGACAUUCCGCUUCCUGUCACAGAAACUCUUUAUCUCCGUCUCAGUUCUCUCCAGCCUGGGCAUUGUUCUUGCUGUUGUCUGUCUGUCCUUUAACAUCUACAACUCCCACGUUCGUUAUAUCCAGAACUCCCAGCCCAACCUGAACAAUCUGACUGCCGUGGGCUGCUCACUGGCACUAGCUGCUGUCUUCCCCCUUGGGCUGGACGGGUACCACAUAAAGAAAGGCCAGUUCCCGUUUGUCUGCCAGGCCCGCCUUUGGCUCUUGGGCUUGGGCUUCAGUCUGGGCUAUGGCUCUAUGUUCACCAAGAUCUGGUGGGUCCACACCGUCUUCACAAAGAAGGAGGAGAAGAAGGAAUGGAGGAAGACCCUAGAGCCCUGGAAACUGUAUGCCACUGUAGGCCUGCUGGUGGGCAUGGAUAUCUUGACUCUUGCCAUCUGGCAGAUUGUGGACCCCUUGCACCGAACCAUCGAGACUUUUGCCAAAGAGGAGCCAAAGGAAGACAUCGAUGUAUCCAUCCUGCCCCAGCUGGAACACUGCAGCUCCAGGAAGAUGAAUACGUGGCUUGGCAUUUUCUAUGGUUACAAGGGGCUGCUGCUGCUGCUGGGUAUCUUUCUUGCUUAUGAGACCAAAAGUGUUUCCACUGAAAAGAUCAACGACCACAGGGCUGUGGGCAUGGCUAUCUACAAUGUUGCGGUCCUGUGUCUCAUCACUGCUCCUGUCACCAUGAUUCUCUCCAGCCAGCAGGAUGCAGCCUUUGCCUUUGCCUCUCUGGCCAUCGUGUUCUCUUCCUACAUUACUCUGGUUGUGCUCUUUGUGCCCAAGAUGCGUAGGUUGAUCACCCGAGGGGAAUGGCAGUCCGAAGCCCAGGACACCAUGAAGACAGGGUCAUCCACCAACAACAACGAGGAAGAGAAGUCCCGACUGUUGGAGAAAGAGAACCGUGAAUUGGAAAAGAUCAUUGCUGAGAAAGAGGAGCGUGUCUCUGAACUGCGCCAUCAGCUCCAGUCUCGGCAACAGCUCCGCUCACGGCGCCACCCCCCAACACCCCCAGACCCCUCUGGGGGCCUCCCCAGGGGACCCUCGGAACCCCCUGACCGACUUAGCUGUGAUGGGAGUCGAGUGCAUUUGCUUUACAAGUGAGGGGGUAUCAAGAAUGAUAAGGCCAGUAGGGGAGGGAAGGGUGUGGGAAGAGGGUGGGGGACUGGGAGGAGGGCAAGGACUCCUAUCUCCAACUGGGAGAACAUGCUCCAAUCCCCCUCUUAUAAAUAUAUGUCACUCUGUGCGUUUGGAGUUAUUUGGGUCUCCAAUA